UGAAACAUAAAUAAAUUUACUCAAAAAAUCUAUAUUGACAAUGUUUCUAUACUGUUAUUGAAAUGUUCUAAAUUAAUAUUUCAAAUAUUCUUUUAAAAAAACGCGCAAAACGGUCACUCUACCGUAUGUUGUAAAAUACCAUAUUUUUUGGCGCGAGCACAACACCGUUGUGCUGUUAAUAUACCAAAAAUAGAAAACACACUAACGCCACAAUUGUGCUGAUGGACAAAGAUUAAGAUGUCGGAAAACCAGAAAAACAAUAGCUGCCUGCAUUGUAGUGUUUUCAAUCCGAAAUUCCGGUACCAGGAGAUCUUCGAUGAGUUCGGCACGGAGUUGGGCCUGCAAUCGCUGCUGGCCAAGCACUUCCAGCUGGAUGUGGAGCCCAAACCGCAGCAGAGGCAGCUUCUGUGCGAGGUGUGCGUCAACAUGCUCAUCCGGCUGUUCGAUAUUGAUGAAUUGCAGCGACAACAGGAUGCGGCAAAGGCGGGGAUCAAGGAUCCAAGACCUGAGUCGUCUGUUCAUCCUGUCAUACCGGUCGUUGUCAAGCCUGACACUAAACCUGCACCCGCUGCUGCCGCUGUCAAGAAAGAAAAGAUUCCGAAGCCUGCUCGUGCUCCUCCUCUUCCCACCAGGGAACCAAGUGCUCGGAUCAGCAAAAGAGUUCCGCCACCUCAGGUAUUGCCUGUUCCAUCCAAACCUUCAGGGCGAGCCAAGGAGCCGGUGAAACCCGCCAAGGAAGCAUCGCCUGCCAAGCCAAAGGACACUGAUCAGGAACAUAUUAGUGUCCUCAUACAAAACCUCCUCGACGAAGAUGAGGCGAUGUGCGAGGAAGUGGCAGACGAAACUGAGCCCUUCUGCGAGGAAGUAAAAGCAAUAGAAGUUGCUUCCAUGCCAGAGAAGCAGAAAACCCAAAGGAAAGUUGUUCUCUUAAACAAGAAAGCCGUGCGGCAGCCUAGUCUAGAUGAAGAUGUUUAUAUAUUUGAGCAAGAAGAUAUUUUAGAACCAUCUGUGGAGAAUGUAAAGAUCGAAGCAAAGGGUCGAUCAUCAGCUAAGAUAACAGUUCAAGCCGAAGAGAGCCAGAGUGAGGGAGAAACCGAAGAGAGCCAUGUGAUUCUAUUCGACUUUGUGAUGAUCAAAGAAAAGGAUGACAUUGGUGACAUUGCCGAGUACUUGUCCACAGUUGUGAAAACCAGCUUCGAGAAACUGACCUUUGAAUGGCCCACGGUGUGCAAACACUGUUCCCAGAAGUUUACCACCUUUGAGAGUCUUCUAAGUCAUACGCUCAAGUCGCACAAAUCUCGGGGUAAUGCCUACAAGUGUCCCAUUGAUGGCUGCAACAAGGAGUUAAAGGGCAGCAAAUUUCUGGCCAUGCAUCUGGUUGUUUUGCAUGCUCCCGUAGCUGAAAUCCCCAUUUACGGCAGCUGUCCGGAGUGCAAGAUGACUUUCUCAAACAUUUUGCAGUAUAACAAACACUCUUGCGCUCAUAUGAUCAAAAAGAAGCGCGGUGUUCGUCUAUAUUGUGAAAUGUGUGCUCAGGAGUUUCCCUCCUGGAAGCGUUUCAAUUUUCACAAUCAAUUCCAUUUGGAGAAGCAUAGGCCUCGCGCCUGUUUUGUCUGUGAUUAUGCCAGCACCAACAUCGAUGAACUGUUCCAACACUUAAACUACUCCCAUGAGCCUGUGGGCACUUUGUUUUGCGACCUUUGCGAUCGAACUUUCCGGGAUCCCGGCGUGUUCAUGGAGCACAAUAAGUCGCACGCCAAUGUUAGCAGCACUAGCUAUCACUGCGGCGAAUGCAUGGCGGUCUUUGAGUCCCGAGGUCGACUAGCUGGACACAUGCGCUCAAUGCACGGCAGCAUCAUUAGCUGCGAGCUCUGUUCCCGAGAGUUUGGUAGCGAAGCAACCUACAGCAUUCAUAUGAAGAAGCAUCUAAUUAUUGAGCGGGAUUUGCACGUAUGCAGCAAUUGCGGCCUGCUGAGCGAUAGCAAAGAAAAGUUGGCUGAACAUGCGGGAACCAAAAAUUCACCCUGUUUUGCUGCCAAGAUAUAUACGGAGAUGCUACGCGAUGCCUAUAUCUGCGAAUACUGUUCCUCGUACUUUAAGCAAAAGUCCGAUCUGCAAGCGCAUCGCGCGUCCGGAAUCCAUAAGAAUGGGCUAUUCUGGUGCCAGCCGUGUGGCAAGGAUUUUCCACAUAUGAAACAAUACCGCCAUCACCUGCGCAACUUUCAGAAACUGCGAUCGGAUUCGGCGCAUCGGAAGCUGGAGAUUUGUGUAUUCUAUAUGUGCGAUCAGUCGGACUGCAGGGAGGCCUAUGUGAACUGGAACUCGUUGUACACGCACAAGCGGCGCACCCACGAAUCCUCGGAUAAGCAGACAGAUAAGGCCUCAAAGUCUGGACAGGAUUGGAUUUGCCAAUUCUGCCUAAAGCAGUGUCGCUCAAAAAUGUCCUUGUCUGUUCAUGUGGCAAGGAGCCACAAUAAUGACAACGUUGUAUGUUCGUUGUGCAAUGCUUCUUAUAAGAGCCAGGAUGCCUUGGACAAGCACCAUGCCUACUGGCAUGAACCCAUCGAAUGCCCGGAGUGCUUUAAGAUUGUCAAAAAUCGUCGAAAUUACGACACGCAUGUUAAUGUUGUGCAUUCAAACAAGAAACGCUAUGCUUGCGGUGUUUGCGAGAAGGGAUUUUAUCAUAAAAGCGAAAUGGAGGCUCAUCAAAGGCUACAUGGCCAGUUAUACAGCUGCGAGAAGUGCACCUUCACCACGAAAAACAAAAAGUCCCUGUCCGUUCAUAUCUUGGGUCAGCACUACAAGCGUUUCGCCUUUGAGUGCAAGGUGUGCAACAAGAGAUUCGGACGUCGUCAGGGCCUGACUACGCACAUUCAGCGGGCUCAUGGUUCCAAGUACGUUUGCCGUGAUUAUUUUGAAGGCGGAUGCGGGCGCACCUUCGUCAGCAGUUCCCAGCUGAAUGUUCACGUGAGAAAAGUGCACGAAGGCACUAUUCUUCUGCAGGAGGAGGAAGAAGAGGACAGUGAUGGCCCAUCCACAUCCAAGAAACGCUGCUAUCGGAUCGAUGAUGAUAGCAAUAUAGAGUUUGUAGAAAUUGGAGACGGCGAGGAAGAGGAGGAAGAAUAUAUUGACUAGCCCAAUUAGGAUGCUAUGCAUUGAGACAGCCGUAAAGCUAAACUUUAAUUGCAAUUAACUAGCCAGAGUCUGGCGGAAGCAAAUUUGAUUUAUUAAGCGUUGUGGUUUGGUCAUUUAACUG